GAAAGUAUCUUAUCCAAUGAAAAAGACACGGUUAUCAUUAUUAAUGCCUUCCGAUCUGACUGAAAAACAAACAAACACUUCCAUUUUUGUUUUCUCUAACUUUAAUGCACGAUGAUGCUGAGUCUGCAAACUCGUUUACCGUCGUUUUCCCUCGUUUUCUCUCCGUUCAAACCCUAUUCUCCACCCUUCAAAUCCAAACCCCGUUUCUCGACGAUCAGAAUGUCCUCAGGCCAAAGUGUCGUGGAGCACAUUGUCCUCGUCAAGGUCAAAGGUGGAACGGAGCCUAGCAAGGUCAGCGCCAUGGUCAACGCCAUGAACUCGUUAGCCUCCAUCGACGGGGUCCUGAACCUCACCGCGGGCCCACUUCUCCGUAACGGACCCACCACCGCUUUCACCCAUAUGCUCCACAGCCGCUACCACUCCAAGGAUCACCUUCAAGCCUACAACGUGCACCCGACCCACAUCGCCGCCGUCACCGGCUUCAUUUUUCCAGUCUGCGAGGACAUCAUGGUCGUCGACUGGGUCGGCGCAAAAACGAUCCUUAAUCCGUCGGCGACGGGAUCGGGCCUCCGCGUGAGGUUUUUGAAGCUGAAGGGGGGCGGUGGCGACGACCACGACGAAAUUAAGGUUAAAGAUGAGGUUUUGAGUGUGGUAGGAGGAAUGAAGGAGGGUGUUGGAGAAUUGUCUUACGGCGAGAAUUUCUCGCCGGAGAGAGCGAAGGGGUUCUCGAUCGCUUCGCUGUCUAUUUUCCCAGGACGGAAGGAACUGGAGAGUGUGAACUUGGAGGAAGGGUUGGAGAAGGUUGUGGAACAUGUGGAGGACACCAUUGUUGUUGACUAUGUGGUGCCUUAGACUUUGACUCUGUUUUUGUUUCCACUUUUGUUACUGUUUUACACUUCAAAGUUUUUAAUUUUUUUAAUAU